AUGUUUUUAAUAAGAAGCAUCAUUAUUCUUUUCCUAAUUAAAUAUGCUUAAAGUUUAGAUGUUUGUGUUCAAUAAACCACAUAUGAAGAGUGCAUCAUAAUAAAAGAGGAGCAAUGUAAAUGGAAUGGGUAAGUUUGUAAAUGGUCAAACAAUUAUUUAUUUGGAUGCGAUCUAACUUUGAGUGAAAAACUAUGUACCAAAUAAAUUGGGAAACUAGAUGGUACAACAGCAAUGUGUAUAUUUGAUAUGACUUGUCAUACUGUUUAUGAAUAAUAUUUUCUAAAAUGCUCAGAUAAAUUAUCAAAGUCUGGAUGUCUCUCUGUAACCAAUCCUGAUUAAUUAUGUAAAUGGGAAGAUGACCAAUGCAAAUAUUUAAAUUAAACAGAAUUUAACAAUAUCAAUACUAUAUUUCAAAAUUUAGAAUUGAGUGCAUCAGUGUGCAGUAGGAUAACAGGAUUCCUAAUCAUUCAUCAUUCACUAUUAUGGACACUUUUAGAUUACUCUCCAGAUGUUGUAUCGGAGGCCUAAAGAAAAGUGUAAAUCGAAGCAGGUGUUGAAUUCUCGGAAUCCAGGACCUAUCAAGAUACUACUUUGAAAGAUAAUGUUAUAGAUUCGAAUGGAAUGUUUAUAUGGUAUACAUAUUCUACAAAGUAAUCGAUAUCUGACACCAAACUUAAUGAUUUUCAAAGGUAUGGUUGCAUAGCCUAAGAAAUAUUAAAUGAAAACAAGUUUUUGAAGUUAUUUAGCUUAAAUGGAAUAAUACGGGGAGUGAAUCAUGUUUAUUGCAAAUACCUAAAUGUGCAUCCAACUAAUCCAAUUCUUACUGUCUUUGCUAAAUCAGAAUGCGAACCAACUACAUUGGAUGAAUUGUCAGAUUAGUCCUACAUCAAUAAAUAACAGUUGUAGUGUUAGGAUUUGAGUGGUCUGGUAUGCUAAAGAUUCAGGAGUACUGAGAUUAAAUGUUUGGUGGAUUACACAUAGGAAUUCCAAUGCAUGAAUACCGAUUUAAGUGUAGAGACUGAUGAAUGUAAGACAUUGAGUGGUAUUGCAACUCACUAUAGUUGUGCUACUGUGGCCCAAUAAUAUUGCUAUUUAGAUAUUUCUACACCCAAAGGACAAUGCUCUAAAUAGUGUUCUAAUUUGACAUCUAAGUCUGUUUGUGAAAAUAAUUCAGCAUGCAGAUGGUUGGGUAGUAAUUUGGGAAAUCUAAGUGAUUCAAAAUAAUCAAUAUUUCUAGUUUGCAUACCUUUGAGUGGGUGUAAUCAAAUAGGAAUGAAUAAAAAAUAUUGUUAGUAGAUGAGUAUGAAUUGUUAUUGGAAUAAUAGUAUUUAGAGGUGUGAGGAAAUCAAAUUUAUUGAGUAAUUAAGAUGUCAAGAUUGCAAUUCAAUAUUUUGUUGCUCUUCUGUUAGUGUCUAUGAUUAAUUUUGUAUUUGGAAUUUAGGUGAAUGUUUAAAUGUUAAAGAUUAAAACUUGUUCUCUCAUUAUUAAUCCUUCUCUUCAUCUAUCGUCAUGAACUAUAAUUUGUGUAUGUCUCAAAAAGGAUUAUACAACUAUUAUGACAUGGCUACAAGGACUUGUAAAAGUGAAAACAUUAAUUUAUAUCUGCCUUGUGUUGACUUUUAAGAUAAAGAUUAUGACCUGGAUAAUAUGCCAUGUAAUAAUGGAAUUAAUGGGAGAAUAAAUUAGGAAUUAUGUUUUGCUCUAAUUAAUUCUAAUACAAAAUGGGAUGCUUCUCUCUAAAGAUGUAUCCAUGUUACUAAUAAAUCUAUUUCUUGUGAUUCAAUGUAGUUUGUUAAUCCAAAUUUAUGUAAAUAUGGAAUAGUCUAAGAGUCAUAAAUAUGUCUCUACAAUCCAGAUACAUUAAGUUGUUACUCAUCAUCAUUGAUUGAUCUUCGUUGUGAAACUCCAGGCAUCAAUUAGGAAUAGUGUCUAUCCAAUUAAAAAGAAAACUGUUAAUGGAAUGAGAACAAAUGCAUUUCCCUGAAAGUGAGUCUAAUUGUGUAAUAUUACUGUAAUGAAUUCUAAAAAGUGAGUCCAAAUGUGUGUAGAUUUACAAGCCAAGACUUUAGUUGCAAAUAUGAUUUCAACGUUUUUGGAUGCUCGAUUCUCUCUGGCCAAGCUGACAACUGUCAUAGUUAUGUUAACAAUUAAGGUUGUUUCACAUCAGCGGGUUAAUGUUAUUUUGACAAUGUGUAAAACAGGUGUAUGGAUGCCAUUAACUCUUUAGAUAUUUUGAACUGUGAUUCUGAAUUCAUCUCCCAUCAAACGUGUAUUACCAUAACAACUAUAAACUAGAAUUGUUUCUGGGGUUCCAUUCCCAGUGAUCCCAAAGUCAAAUGCAGAUCAUAUAAAUAGUAAUUCUAAACCACUUGCUAUUCCUAUCAGAAUACAAGCAAUCUUAAUACUUGCACUUAAAUGGCAUCCCAUCUUUCCCUGACUCUAACAGAUGAUCAAUUUUGUGAAGUCAUUGAUUAGCAAUGUGUAUCAUCUACAUCCUCUAUUUCUGAUUCUGAUUGUGGAUACAAUAGAAUGAUCAAUAUGCAUAGAUGUGUAGCCUAUACUUAAUAAAAUUGUUAUUUCAGUAAUAAUAGAUGUAAUUUGAUAAUUGGACCUUCAGAUUAUUAGUAAUAAUUGUUAGGAGUCUUGGAAUGUCAUUAAAGUAAUCUGUAAAUAUGUAAUCAAAUUGUGACACCCGGUUAGAUAUGUCAUAUUGCACAGGACAAAAAGUGUGUAUAGAUGUACCUCUCAUUUUCAGACAGCUGUGAUAAUUUGUCUAAUUACGAUAUGCAAUACUAUAAUCCAUAAAUUUGUAAUAAAGCCAUGGAUGCUUGUUAUUAUGAUGUUUAGAGUAAAACAUGUAAGUAACCUCUAAGUUCAAAUACAUUCAAGUGUAACUAAAUAGGUGCCUCAAAAAUGCUAUGUCUAUUGUAUACUUAUGAAAACUGUGUGUUUAUUGGUGAGAUAUGCCAAAAUCUUGAAAAUUUAAAUGUUGAAUGCAAAUAUAGGAAUAUGAAUGCUUGCUUUUAAGGUGUUUAGAAUUGCUAUUGGAAUUACUCUAAUUCAGCAUGCGGAUAAUACUUUGGUGAUUGCCCUCAAAAAUUUGAUGAAUCCAUGAGCUGGCAGAUUUGCUAAUCAAGUAACUUCAGCUGUGCGGCAGGAUAGAACGGAUGUGUAACCUAAGUAAGUUAAGUGCCCUGUUGGUUAUCUGUUAGUUUCGAAAUAUGUCAAACCCAAUUUUAAUAUUGUCAAUGGCUGGACAAUCAAUGUGUUAAUUAAGAUUAUGACUGUGAAGAAGCUCUAACUAUUAAAGAAUGUCUGUAACAUAGAUCCAAAUUCUGUGUAUUCCAUCAGAAUAAAUGUUUCACUAUACUUGAUACUGAUAUCUAUGAAUGUGAUUAAUUUAAUUAUGUUUCAGAAAACUUUUGUAGACAAUACCAACCAAUUUGUAUAUAUUAGGUUUCAACUUUUGAGUGCGUUAAAAUGAAUUUCUUAACAAAGAGUCAAAUGGUUGAUGUGAACUUUUCAGAAUAAUAUCUUUGCAAUGCAUUUAGUCAGGACAGUUAUAGUUGCUUAUUGUAAAGAUCUCUCUAAUGUUCUUACUACAAUUAUAGCUGGUAUUAAUUUUGCGGAGCCUCGGAUGCAAGAUUGUUGUGCGAAAUGUUUGAUGACAUAAUACAUCCUUCAAUACUAACGUGCGAAUCUAUUUUUAAUUGCAAAUUCGGAAUGACUACCUAAGGAGAACCAUUCUGUUACUCUUUGCCAUUGUAAUGCGAACGUUUGGAUACUUUUUGUUUGAAAGACAUUCCAGGAUUGCAUUGCUAUUAAGAAUUCGGCUCCGAUUAAUGUAAAACCUACAAACAACCAUUGCUUUGUGAGAAUGUGCAGUAUUUUAAUGUCAAUAAACAAUUAUGCUUGUCUGUUAUGGAAAAUCCAGAUAACACAUCUGAAUGCUAUUAUUAGGAGUAUACAAAAUUGUGCAAGCCAAAAUAUCCUAUCACUAUGAUCCUUGGUAGUGAUAUAAUCUUUGAUUAUUACUUCUGUCUCUUCAAGGAUUCAGAUUAUUACCUAUUUUAUAAUGAAAAGUCAAAUUUUGAAUAUUGCUCACUGGAGCCUUUAAGCAAUCUAUAAAACCUAAAUCAUUAUGGGUGUACAAAACUCUAAGGUGACUUAUACUUUUUUGACCUUAAGUAAUUCAAGUGUUCCAAGGACAUAACAAGACCAUUCAUAUAGAUUUCUUUAUGUCUAUAGAUGAAUCGACAAGCAUGUUUAUAAGUGUAAAACCAUUUAUCAUGUAUUUGGGAAAAUGAGAAAUGUGAGAAGUAUUUAAAUGAAUUUAUAAAUGUACCUUGUGAAAAUAGAAAUUAUAAUUCGUGUUUAAAAUCCCAGAAUUAAAAUUGUAUUUGGGUUUAAAAUGCUUCUCAAUGUGUGGAUAAUGAUUAGUAAUGUUAAAAUAGCUAAUGUGAGUACAGUGAAUCUUAUUGCAUAUCUAUUGGUAAGUUAUGGAGCAGUAAUUACUGUUAUGAAAUUGCAAAUGAUUUAUCAAUUCAAUUUUUCAGCUGUGAUAAAUUGGGCUUAAGCAGAACUUAAUGUUUAAAUAACACUCAAAGUUUAACAUGUUAUUGGAAUGGUUAUGUCUGCUUAGAAGCUAAUUUAUAUUUACUGAAAUGUUAGGAUGAUAUAUCAUAGUUGACUUGCAAUUAAAUUAAAACACCAAAAUAGAUUUGUAAGUGGAAUAAUCAAACCUGCCAAAAUCUAUAUAAUUCCAAUGAAUGCAUUGAUUUCUCUACCCUCUCCUAUUGUAGACAAGCCCAUAUUAGUUGCUAAUACAAUUUACCAUUACAAAAAUGUGAAUAAAAAUUAGAAAAUCCUUAAAAAUGUUCUGAUACAUUGAGUUACAAGGCUUGCUAGAACGUUGAAUUUGAUUACUGCCAAUUUGAUGGUUAUUGUAAUAUAUGGUAUAGGACUAGGUACUCAUGUGAAAACAUAGCAAACUAUUGGGGUUGUAUGAACACAUCAAUGUAUUGUUAGUGGACUGGUAAGUGUGAAAAUAUAGAUAAGGGUUUUAAGCGUGUGGCUUGCCAUCAAAUCCCCACAAAGUUCAAUAAAGUGUCAUGUUCAAAAUACUCAAUAGAACCAUGUCUAUAUGAUGAAAUUCACAAGAAAUGUGAUAUGAAAUUGACCAGCUCUUUUGCGGGCUCUACUAACAUAGAUUAGACCAAUUAUACAUAGAUUAGAUUAAUAUAUGAAUGCACUUAAUUUAGUGAAAAAGAGGAUUGCGUAGGAAGCAGAAUAGGCUAUUGUGAAUGGUAGGAAAAUAGAUGCUUAGAUUGUUAAUCUAAUGAUAAUUGCAAGAAUGAUAGUUGUUCAAACAAAAGUAUUAAAUAAUGUUUGAUUAUGCAUAACCUAUUUUGUGCCUGGAGGAAUGAUAAUUGUAUAGAUUGGGUUUUUGAUUAACAGAACUUUACGUAAUCUUUAGUUACUUAGAUAUGCUGUAAAUCGAUGGACUCAACAGUUAAAUAUUUAGAAUCUAUUCACUCAUGUGUGCAAAUUGAUAUACUUAAAGAUGAAUGUAAUGCCUAAGGAUUAUCAAAAAUUGCAUGUUUGUCAUUAGUUAAUAAAUAAUGUGCAUAUAAAGAUGGACAAUGUGUUAAUUACAUUUUUGAAUAUAAAUUUAAAUGCAAUUAAUAUAAUAAUGUGAACCAAUAGGUUUGUUAGCAAUUGCCUCAUUUAAGUUGUAAAUAUGAUGCAUAGCUUAACACUUGCAUUGAAGUAGAUUAUUCUAAAGACUAAUGCAUAACAGUAGGAUUAUCAAAGAUAGGUUGUGCUAAAAUUAUUAAAAUGCCUUGCUAUUGGAAUAAAUAAGUUUAGUAGUGUUAAAAUUUUUAAUUGUAAAUGCAUCUUAAUCAAUGUGAUAAUGAAACUGUUACUAAUAGUUAUACUUGUCAAUUGUUAAAUUAUCAUUAAGACGUUUGUUCCUAUAAUAUCAACAAAAGAACAUGUUAGUAACAAUUCAAUCAACUUGUAAAAUGUUCACUACCAGGAUUGAACAGAUUAGCAUGCAUAAGAUUAUUAAAUUAACCUUGUUAAUAUGUUAAUAAUUAAUGUUAAGAGAUUAAAUCUUUAUUUAGUAGUUGCAAUGAUCUUAGAGAUGUAAAUGAAUUAGCGUGUAAAAUGAAUAAAAAUGAUCAUUGUAUUUAUGAUCCAGUUGUUGGUAAUUGUCAGUAUACAUUAUAAUUACUACCAUGUAAUUACAAAGGAUUGAAUAUUAAUAAUUGCAAUCGUUAGAAAAAAUGUAAAUGGUUACAUGAUCCUUAAUAAUGCGUUUGUCAAAAUCAAUAACUAAAUUCAGCUUGCGAUUUGAAAGAAAAUGAAUGCAAAAACAAUUGCAUCUACGAGCAAGAACUUAAAAUUUGCAGACCAAAAAAAUGUUUUGAUUUAACUAAUUGUUCAGGAGUAAUGAAUGGUGAAUAUUGUUAUGAAGACUAAUCCUAACAAUGCUAAGGUGCUAAAAAGUGUGAAGAUAUUCUUAAUUUAAAUGAAAGUAAAUAAUGCUCAGAUUUUAUGUUUAACGGCUCAAAUUGUAUUUAGCUUGAAAACCAUUGUGUAAGUGGAGAUAAUUUGCAAGAGAUCUGUCUUAAUAGUGAUUGUUCAAAUACAUCUUGUAAAUAUGAUAAUUUCACUUGUCGUCCCUUAAAAUGUUCUGAUUACUUGCAAGAUGAACAAUGUUUUGAGAUAUCGAACUGUGUUUAUAAGAAUGGGCAAUGUUAGUAAAUCUAAACAUGUUCAGAAAUUGAUGAUUAAUCUAUUUGUUUUAGAACAAAAGUCAAUGAUAAAUAGUGCUCUUGGGAAAUUUAUGAAAUCUAUUAAACAACUCAUUAUUGUACCAACAAUUAAUGUCAUCUGUAUAGCAACUCGCCUAGUUUAUGUAAUGGUAACGAAAUCAAUCAAUAUUCUUGUUAUAUGAAUGAAUUUGAGAUGUGUUAGAUUUGUGAAGAUAUAACAGAUCCUUGUUUAUGUUCAGCUGGUUGUGCAUAUUCAAAUGGAAAAUGUAAAUCAAUAUUGUGUUAAAAUUAUAAUUAAGAGAAGGAAUGUUAGAAUUCCCAAAAAUGUUAUUGGAGUUCUCAAGAUAAAGUAUGUAGGAAAUUUUGCAGAUAUUUAAUUCUGUAAGAAGAUUGCCAGACGUUGGAUUAUGAAUGUCAUUGGAAUCCUUAUCAAUACAAGUGUGAAGAUGGAGUAUAAAUAGAAAUCAAUUUAAGUGUUACUCUUAGUCAAAUCGAUUAGUACACUCAACUUAUUGGGUAAUUUAUUCUAAUUUUAUUAUUUUUUUAAUGA